UCGGUUAACAUAUAAAUCAAGUUGCAUUAUUGAUUAAACAUAAAAUUUACCAACGUGCACGUUUAACAGGUAAAUCAGAUUCAAUUUUUCACUUAGCUCUUAAUAACAUUGAAUAACACACAAAAAUGUUCACCAACUUCAACUCUUGGAUCAAGAAAACUAAGACAGGCGCAGCCGACAAAUCGCUGCUGCAACUCUUCGAUUCAGUGAAAAAUCGGCAAAACAAGACCUCCAGAGAUUACAUAACACGUUACCAAGGAUCGCAUUCGGACUGGAAACCAGAAAACUUUUCAAUUGGUCAACGAGGUUUGUUACAUCAUGCUUGCGGAACCGGAAACCUCUCGGUUGUCAAAACCUUGACAGAUGAGUUUAAUUUUCCGAUCGGUGACAAUGCUGAUUUUGAACUAGAGGACUUGGAGAUGAAAAAUGUCACGCCUCUUUAUGUUGCGACAGCAAUGGGAUAUCUAAGCGUGGUUGCCCAUCUUAUUAAAAAUGGAGCGGAAAUCAACUGUUCGACAAAUUUGAACGUCGGAGAAACGGCACUCAUUUCGGCGUGCAAAACUGGGAACCUAGACAUGGUACAAUUUCUCAUCGAAUCUGGGGCUUCAAUUGAUCUUGCCAAAAAAGGAAAUGUUUCUCCCUUAAUGGUUGCCUGUGAAAAUGAGCAUGCGGAUGUCGUGAAACUAUUGGUCGAAUACGGAGCCGACUUCCAUAGUUUCUAUGACGUAAAAGAAUAUUCGGCUGCAUAUUAUUGCGUAACCAACAAAUCGAGCGAUGUAAUCGACUUCCUGCUGAAACAAAACCCGGAAAUUUUAUGCUACAAAACGGAGUCAGGCGAGAAUUUAUUGAAUUAUGCAGCCAUGAACGGUUCGGAUUGCGUAAUUGAUUAUAUCAUGCAAAAUUACGUAGCCGAGUCCGAACAGUCCAAGUUUGUUACAGGAGCAGAUAAGAUCGAAUUUCUCGAUCUUGUUGCUUGUUCCAAACUUCUGAAGAAGACUUUUUCCGAAGAAGCACUAGCUCUUCUAAAACGGGCUUCGGAGCUAAGAGUGAAUCUAGAAAUUCCCAAAACGAUCGAAACGCCUCUUUUCGAAUUUGGAGAACAAAGCGAGUUCGAAAACAUCUCUGAAAUGGAAAAAGCUUUCCAAGAUUUGAAUCACGAUUUUGUUCAACUACAAGUUUUUCUAAUGCUGAAACGGAUUCUAGGACUGAAUAACAAAUUCACAAUUCAUGCCUUGCGAAACUAUCUGCGUCAUGUUAAUGAUAGCUCAAGGUUCUCCGAUAUCUAUAUCUAUGCAAUUGACAUUCUGAUUCCAGAAAUCAACAAUACGACAUGCUCGUAUGUAAAAGAUCUAGUGGACGACCAUGCAACCUUUUGCGGUACUGUUAAAAAAUUCACAAUCAACGAAAUUUUGACAUCUCUGAACGCCUGUCGAGAUUUAGUCAAAUUUUACGUGUACCAAACAGAAAACAGCUAUGGUGAAAUGAAUAUAACGGAAAAAAGUUUCGAAGCGCUUCUUACUUCUGUGUGUCGUUUCGUACUGGCGUUCUUGAGCAGCGAUCAGUGUAAUCAAGAUAUUCAAAGCGUUCCGAUAGUUGUCGAAGAAAUAUUCAGUCUCUUAAAAACGGCCGAGCCUUUCCGAGAGUCUUUGUUGCGCCUUAUUUUGGAUCCAUCAAGCUACAAAGUCCGAAUGGGAAAACGAAUAGCCGAUUACCCAAGUCAAACUGCGAUCCAAUUGGUCGUGAAUGCCUCGAAAACAGACUCACAUGAAGCUGCUCUCAAGCAGUUUUCGGACAGUUUCGAAAAAUUGUGCACUUCUAAGCAAAGAGCGGCUAUAUACAAAAUACUGGGCGGGGAACCAGCUGCAUUAGUAGGAAAUCACGAGGAAUGAAGCAGAACAAUAAUGAACAAAAAACUUUUCACAACUACUUCCAGAAAAUUUUUAACAGCGCCAACUAUUAAAAAUAUAAACACAAAUUAAAUUCUAAUAAUGAGAAAAAAAUGCAAUAAUCUCGGAACUUGACUAGUUAUAAAAAAAUUGUAAUAAAGCCGUAAAAAUAAAAA